GUUAUUUACAGAUAUAUUACAUGGCAUCAUGGGCUCUUCAAGAAGUUGGGUAUUCCUGGACCCGAACCAACAUUCAUGGGACAACUAACAAAAUAUAGCGGAGCUGUUGGAGAAAUGGACAGAGAAUUAAUGAAAACCUAUGGGAAAGUCGUUGGUUACUAUCAUGGUCGUACUCCAGUUCUGAAUGUUGGUGAUCCCGAUCUGGCAAAAGAAAUCUGCAUUAAACAUUUCAACAAUUUUUCUUCAAGACCAUUCAAUGUACCGAAGGAUCUUUAUGAAGAAGCUUUUUUGACCGUGGCUGAUGGUGAAAGGUGGAAGACCAAUCGUUCAGUUCUCUCACCAUCAUUUACAUCGGGGAAAUUGAGAGCGAUGGUACCCUUCAUGAAACAAUGUACAAAGAACUUCUUGAAGCAUCUUGAAAACAAUACUGAGAGUGGGAAAGCGAUAGAAGUUAAAACGAUGUUUAACGGUUUUACAUUGGAUGUGAUUUGUACCACAGCUUUCGGAAUAGAUAUUGAUUCUCAAGGUCACCCAGAUAACCCUUUAGUUGUAGCUGCAAAAGAGGCAACAGAAUUUAACUUGGGAGAUCCUUUUAUUGUGCUCUGCACUUUGUUGCCAUUCACGGUAUCCAUUAUGGAUUUCUUUGGUGUUGGUUUUAUGAAAAGGGGGCCCAAGAAAUAUAUGAUCGACACAAUAGAAAAUGUCAUCUCCGAAAGACAGAAAAAUCCAUCAGACAGAAUAGAUUUCGUAUCUCUGGCAAUGAAGGCCAAAAAAGAUUCAGAAAAACGAGCAGAUGGAAGAGUUUUCAAUCAACAAGAUCUGAUUGGAAACCUUCUUGUUUUUAUGUUGGCUGCUUAUGAUACAACAUCAACCACUUUGUCAUUUGUAUCAUAUUGUUUAGCCACCCACCCAGACAUUCAGGAUAAAGUUCUUCACGAAAUCAACCAGAAACUUAGCAAGGAUGAAGAACCUGAUCAUGAAAAUAUUGCUAAAUUGACAUAUUUACAACAGGUUAUUGAUGAAACUCUUAGAUUAUUUCCGCCAUUAGUAAGAACGAUCCGAUAUUGUGCUGAAGAUAUAGAUAUCAAUGGUACAUUUAUUGCUAAAGGAACGGAAAUAUCUUUUCCUGUAUUUGCUAUACAGAGGGAUCCUGAUUUUUGGGAGAAUCCUGACAAGUUUGACCCAGAAAGAUUUUCACCAGACAGGAAAGAGUCCAUGAAUCCACACGCCUAUAUGCCUUUUGGAAUGGGACCGAGAGUUUGUAUUGGCCAACGUUUAGCUCUGUUAGAACUCAAAUUAGUUUUGGUCAGUAUUCUGAGAAACUAUAGGAUACAUUCUACUCCAGAAACUGAGGUAGGACCAUUAAUCGCAGUCAAAUGA